AUAAAUUAUAAAGAUACUAUGAUCCUAUUUAGUUGCUUAUAAUUAAUAGAAAUGUGUCAUUUGAUGAAUAGCAAGGGUUUUGUAAAGUGUCUGUGAACAUGGAAAAGGAUAAAGUGAGGACGUCGGAGUUUUUGAUACAGAGUUUGGCUACCGCUAUAAUAUGUUUCCAAGCAUGUCAAACGGGCUUCGUGUCAGCCUGGCCAUCGAUCACCGUGGUGAACUUCCUCUCCAACGCCACGAUGCUGUCUAGCCCCAUGACUUCUCUGGACGUGUCUCUCCUGGGCAGCCUGCCGAACAUUGGAGGGCUGAUCAUCAGCCCCUUCUGUGGGUACGCCUUUAACACGUUUGGGAGGAAAUAUGCUACUAUGAUGUUUACGUUGCCUUAUGUUUUCGCAUGGCUAAUAAUUUCCUUAACAUCAAGCAUACCUCUCGUGCUCUCCGCAAUGUGUAUGGCCGGAGUCGGCAUAGCUGGUCAGAACGUCGCCAUCAUCUACAUAUCGGAGAUAUCGCACGACUCCAUCCGAGGCGGGCUCACUGCUAGCUCCGCUUCUGGAUACUUCUUGGGUAAGUUAAUAGCGAUGUGUAUAGCAGGAGUCGGCAGAGCUGGUCAGAAUGUUGCCAUCAUCUACAUAUCGGAGAUAUCGCACGACUCCAUCCGAGGCGGGCUCACUGCUAGCUCCGCUUCUGGAUACUUCUUGGGCAUUCUCAUCACAUACACCCUUGGCGGAUACUUAACGUAUAUGCAAGUGAUAUACACACAUCUGACGCUGUCCAUACUAUGCAUACUACUGAUCGCGCUACUCCCUGAGUCUCCUGUGUUCCUAGUACUUGUGGGGAGAGAAGAGGAAGCAGCAAAAGCAAUAGCUUUCUACCGACACCUGGAUGUCAAGUCCAAAGAAGUGGAAGCCGAGAUAGCCAAGAUAAGACUGCAGAUGGACCCGAGACUAGAGACUUUAUUAGAAGCUGACAAUGAUCCAGAAGUGCUUGGUGAACUAGUAGAAAAGACAUUAGAAGUUCCAGUAGAAAGAAAGAGUGAAUCAGCAUGGAAACACUUUAAAAAAUCAAAAUCUUCAAAGCGUGCUCUAGCAACAGUUCUGAUCAUCAUGGCUCUAUCCAUCAUGAUGGGUUGCGUGGUCCUCCAAGUGUAUGCUGAGCCGCUGUUCAAAGAAGCUGUGCCAACUAUGCCAGCUAACCAGUGCGCCAUAUUCUUGGCUCUGGACUUUCUGGUGGCCAGUAUUUUGUGUGUGCUGGCUAUUGACAGGUUUGGGAGAAAGUUCCUCCUAAUCCUCACCGCAGCAGGGUCUGGGAUCUGCACAGCGCUCCUGGGAGCUCAACUGCAAUACCACUGGGCUCCGGCCUGGUUCACUGUGUUCUUAAUAUACGGGUUCAGCUUCGUGUUCACGCUGGGCUGUGCGGUCAUACCGUUUGUGUUGACCGCUGAAGUUUUCUUGCCUGAGGUACGAAGCUUCUGCAACAGUGUCGUGAUGGCAUUCACGUGGGUGUUCAACUUCAUCACACUAGUCAUCUUCAAUCCCCUCGUGGAAGCCGUGGGGUUAGGCCCAGUCUUCUACUUCUUCUCUAUCAUCUGCUUCAUUGGAGCAGUCUACAGCCAGUUCUGCGUCCCUGAGACCAAAGGGUUAUCCGCUGAUGCCAUCCAAGCGUUGUUCUUGAGAGAAAGAAGACAGAGUAUUAAAAGUAAUAGGAGUAUUAAGAAGUAGGGGAAGAGGAUGAGGGAUUGUGCAAUCGUUGGUGGUUGUUGGAACCAACAUUUGUUAAGUUUGCAAUGUUUUGUUUGCGCGUGAUAUUUUUUUUAUUGGAAUAAAUGGUUUUUUGUUAUAUAG